AUGACCACGCCGGUCCGGACCGAUGGCGCUCGGAAGAUGCUCUGCUGCCACCUGACCACCGCCGCCCUCGCCGUGCUGAUCGGAGCCUCGGACGCCUUCGCAGCGCAGAUAGCUGCGACCGCCGGCCUCACCAUCUCCGGUGUGGGCGAGCUGAAGCGCGACAGAGACACCGCGGGCUGGUCGCUGCUCGCGGACCACUUUGGCUCGAACCCAAACACGCCGUACAUGUUCACGGUCCUCCCGUUCCUGGGCUUUGCACUGCCGAGCCCGAUCAUGCACGUGCGGCAGCGAGAUGCAGUCGUGCUGCUGGCGCGCCGGCCUCCCAGCGCCGAAUACUUUUCCUUCACCACCUUCGCCGCGUGGACGCCGCGGCGAGGCGUCGUCUUCGGCAGCCUCGCCGACAGCGUGAAUCACCUCAGCCUGAACGCAUCGGCCUCUGGCCUCUUUGCCCACAUCGUCACGUCGAACCGGCGCACGUACUCGCUGGUCGAGCGGGCGCUGGUCGCGAGCGGGCUGCCUGCCGCCGCCAUCAACCUGGUGGUGAUCCCGGCCCACCUGCACGCCGAGUGGACGCAGUUCGAGACGGCCGCCCUCCCGCCGCGCGGCUACUCGGAGCGGCGCCGCCCAGGCAGCGCCGACGAGCGCGGCCUCGCCAGCGCCUUCAAGGCGCACGGCCUCGCCGCCCUCGCCGCGGUCGGCGCAGCCUUUGGGCGGCUGCAGCGCGGGGAGGCGGCGGAGGCGACGGCGUUCGCCCCGCUGAUGAUCCGCGGGCCGACAGCCUGGUAG